CGAUGAUGGAAACAUUAACAAACCUUUUAGCUCCCCUGAGUUUGCUGAACAAUUUGUUCACCGUGGCUUUCUUCAGAAAGACAUGAUAAAUUCAGAAAUAGGAUCUUUAAGUUCGCUGGAUGGGAAGAAAUGUUUCACAAAGAAGAAAAAUGUGGAAUCGCCAAAGAAAGUCCAGACAGGAGUGAAGUUUAGCUGUGAAGACUGUGGUAAAACCUUUAUUGGAAAAUGGGCCUUAAAUGUGCAUAAGAGAAUCCAUACUGGAGAGAAACCUUUCUGUUGUGAUAUAUGUGGACAAAGAUUUAACCAAAAACAUCAUUUAAACAAACACACGAGAAUCCACACUGGACAGAAACCUUUUUGUUGUGAUCUAUGUGGACAAAGAUUUAACCAAAAAAUAAAUCUGAGCACACACAUGAGAAUCCACACUGGACAGAAAUCUUUCUGUUGUGAUCUAUGUGGACAAAGAUUUAGCCAUAAAUCAAGUUUAAACCAACACAUGAGAAGCCACACUGGACAGAAACCUUUCUGUUGUGAUCUAUGUGGACAAAGAUUUAGCCGUAAAUCAAAUUUAAACACACACAUGAGAAUCCACACUGGACAGAAACCUUUCUGUUGUGAUCUAUGUGGACAAAGAUUUAACCAAAAAGGAAGUUUAAACAAACACAUGAGAAUCCACACUGGACAGAAACCUUUCUGUUGUGAUCUAUGUGGACAAAGAUUUAACCGUAAAUCAAUUUUAAACACACACAUGAGAAUCCACACUGGACAGAAACCUUUCUGUUGUGAUCUAUGUGGACAAAGAUUUAACCAAAAAGGACAUUUAAACACACACAUGAGAAUCCACACUGGACAGAAACCUUUCUGUUGUGAUAUAUGUGGACAAAGAUUUACUGAAAAAGGAAAUUUAAACAUACACAUGAGAAUCCACACUGGACAGAAACCUUUCUGUUGUGAUUUAUGUGGACAAAGAUUUAACCAAAAAUCAAAUUUAAAGAAACACAUGGAAAUCCACACUAGAGAGGAAAAUGGUUAAGGUUUAAAUGCUCAUGUUGAAGAAAUGUGUGAAACAACUGAGAUGUUACAAUACCAACAGGAUGUUGUUUUGAUAUAUUCCAUAAAGUUUAUAUAUAGAAUAAUACAUACACUACCUGUCAAAAGUUUUAGAUACACUUUCUCACUUAAUGGGUCUCUUUAUUUUUAUGACAAUUUACAUUGUAGAUUCUCACCAAAAGCAACAAAACUUUGAAGAAACAUAUAUAGAGUUAUGUAGUAAGCAAAAAAUGUGAAAUAACUAAACAUUUUUAUAUUUUAGGUUACAUCUUUAUUGUAGAUUUACACCUUCUUUGUAAGCUAUAACUUUUAUAAUUUUAUACUUUAGAUUCUUCCAAAUAGUCUCCCUUUGCUGUGAUUACUGCUUUGCUCUCGUAACAUUCUUUCCAUGAGCUUCAUGAGGUGGUCACCUGAAAUGGUUUUCCAAGAGUC